AUGAUAAUCCCGCUUCUUUACCUCGUUGACCACACUGUUUCGUGCUCAUUCUGUCAGGGCAAACUCUGGCGGGAGGAUCAAGUGAGAAACCGGAUUAAUUCUCCUUAAGUUACUGCAUUUGCGACCGACCCGAAUUCCUGGUCCCCAUCGUAAAUAACCGCCAACAUUUCCAAGCCAGAAGGGUACUGUAACAUUCAACGUUCAACGGACGUCCGGCUGUCACGCGCACGACCGCUGUUCAAGACUUUUCCUAUCCGGCAUCGUUUCUUCCUGAUCUGUCAUACGGUCGCUCGCACUUCACGUGUUACGCUUCCCUUUGAACUCGUCACCUCUGUCUCCCUGAGUCUCAGCGUCGUUCUCCACGUACUUAUAGUGGGCCGCGACCCCCGUUCCGAGCAUUCAAACUCUUCCCCGCUCUCAAGUCUCUCACCUACGCGAGGCGUCGCGAGCCUUGAGUUCCUGUACAAUCCACUGUCCACAGCAAGGUCACCAACAUGACGGACUCGAGCACCGCAUCGGCUGGCAAAAUCAUAGUACAUCACCUCAAUAACUCGCGUUCUCAACGGAUACUGUGGCUUCUGGAAGAGCUCGGUGUACCAUACGAGAUAAAGAAGUAUCACCGUACCCCCGAACAGAAGGCUCCAGAGGAGCUGAAGGCGGUGAAUCCCAUCGGAUCAGCACCCGUCAUCACCGAUGGCUCCGUCAAUCUAGCAGAGAGCGGUGCGAUUGUUGAGUACAUCAUUCGUAAACAUGGAAACGGGAGAGCACGGCCCUCCGCGAGUGGAGAAGUCGCUGACCUAUAUUACACGCACGCUUCGGAAGGUUCUCUCAUGCCGCUCAUCGUGAACAGUUUCGUGACACGCGUCAUAACCGAUCGAAUGCAUUGGCUCAUUCGGCCUCUCAUUGGCUUCCUCAUGGGCAAGUUGCGGGCCAAGUUGGUGGAUUCGCGUUUGCGCAUCCAAGGACAGUUGAUCGAGCAGCGCUUGACAGAGGUCGACGGAGGGUGGAUUGCGGGUGGAGAGGAGCCAACGACCGCAGAUUACAUGAUGAUCUUCCCGCUAGAGUGCAUGUCGAGGCUGUGUCCCGAAUACCUUGGAAUCAACACCGAGAGAUACCUCCGCCGCGUCCACGAGAGACCGGCGUAUAGACGGGCUCUGGACCUCGGGGGAAAGUACGACUAUGCCCCUUGAUGUUUGCUCCAAACAACAGCGCUAUUCAUGGAGUCUGGCGCUUACCAGUAAGCGCUUGAGCCCCUCAGUUCAAGUCCGUCAUGGCUUCGUUCCAUCGUCCGCUGUCUCCUCUCGGCUUCGCAAUCCCCGCUCUGUCCACCGACUCAGUAUCUUCCCAGUGAUGUAAUUCCAAAGGCUUGAUGUAACGAACGAAUCACCCGCAAAACAAUUCGAGCGGGAUUUACGACCCACCGGAUGCUG